AAAUUGAUAAGAGUGGAUCUGGAUGGGAAUGGGAAUGGGAUCCAUCCAGUAUUCUACUCUGUUCAUGGUUGACUGGUCAAAAGUUCUGAAGCCGUUGGAUCUGAGUUUUAACCUAACAACAAAACCACCAAACCCUCCUUCUCCCCACUACUAAAACCACCCCAUUUCUAUUUUCCCACGCCCAGUCUCCGUCGUGUUCCGCCGUCUCCGUACCUGCUCACCACUGAUACAUUGACUGCUGCUCCACCACGAAGUUGCAAAAUCCACGCCAGAUCCACCACUGCUUCAUCGGCUAUUUGCUGACCACCAGAUCGUCUCACCAGCGCCUCCUGAAAAUACCUAGACCAACUCGAUCACACAAGAGCCCCCACGAGCAACAUUAGAUCCACUUCCAGAGCAUCACCUCCUGAAAAGCCACUGUCUUAUGUACCACCUCUGUAGCUAUCCUACUACCAAAUACGCCGCCGCUGUUAUAUAGCUGGUUCAAGUCCCGCUACCUCGAUUUGGCCAGGUACUGGAUGGCAAUGUGUAGAAGAUUGGCCAAAGGGUUCCACAGUUGAUCCCAGCAACAGCUAGGGUAUGUAUGGUAUUUAUGUUGUAUACUCUAAUUGAUAAUAUGGGGUUACUCUGCAGUAGACAGCGCCACAAUCCAGCUGAUUCAGAAGAGAAUGAGCAGACUGCAGAAAUAGAUAGAAGAAUUGAGCAAGAAACAAAAGCAGAAAAGCAUAUCCAGAAGCUCUUAUUACUUGGUGCUGGAGAUUCUGGCAAAUCCACCAUUUUCAAGCAGAUAAAACUUCUGUUUCAGAGUGGGUUUGAUGAGGCUGAACUAAAAGGCUACAUUCCUGUCAUCCAUGCCAAUGUUUAUCAGACAAUAAAAAUAUUACAUGAUGGAUCCAAGGAACUGUCUCUAAGUUUAGCAGAUUCCUCAAAAUUCAUGAUAUCUGAUGAAAAUAAGAAAAUUGGGGAGAAACUUUCUGAAAUCGGUGGUAGGUUGGAUUAUCCACAUCUAACUAAAGAGCUUGCACAUGAGAUCGAGACUCUUUGGAGAGAUAAUGCCAUACAGGAGACAUAUUCCCGUGGUAAUGAACUUCAAGUUCCGGAUUGCACCCAUUAUUUUAUGGAAAAUUUGCAAAGAUUGUCAGAUGCGGACUAUGUUCCUACAAAGGAAGAUGUUCUUUAUGCCAGGGUUCGGACAACUGGUGUUGUAGAAAUCCAGUUCAGCCCAGUUGGAGAGAACAAAAAAAGUGGAGAAGUAUAUCGGCUCUUUGAUGUUGGAGGCCAGAAGAAUGAAAGAAGAAAAUGGAUUCAUCUAUUUGAGGGUGUUACAGCUGUGAUUUUCUGUGCUGCUAUAAGCGAGUAUGAUCAAACUCUCUUUGAGGAUGAUAACAAGAACCGAAUGAUGGAGACGAAGGAGCUCUUUGAGUGGGUUCUAAAGCAGCCUUGCUUCGAGAAAACUUCUUUCAUGCUAUUCCUCAACAAAUUUGAUUUAUUUGAAAAGAAAGUUCUGAAAGUCCCUCUGAAUGUAUGUGCAUGGUUCAAGGAUUACCAGCCAGUUUCAACAGGAAAGCAAGAAAUCGAGCAUGCAUAUGAGUUUGUGAAGAAAAAAUUUGAGGAAUUGUAUUUCCAAAGCAUUGCCCCUGAUCGUGUGGACCGGGUCUUUAAGAUCUACAGAACAACUGCCUUGGAUCAGAAACUUGUGAAGAAGACUUUCAAACUGGUAGAUGAGACUUUGAGAAGGCGAAAUCUAUUCGAAGCAGGACUAUUGUGAUGUCAGUGGUAACUUCAAGAACACAAGCAUCGACACACCUUAAAGAGUUCAGGGUCUUGACCGCUGAGCUUCAUACAUCGGCCUGCUGGUUCUUUAUCCAGUACAUAAUUUGGGUCUUUCGGCUGCUGUUGUAUUUGCCUGUAAUUUAGAAAAACUAGUUACUAUCCUGGCUUUAGAACCAGACUUCCAAAAAGAUUUUCCAUACGAAGAUGGAUUAAGUACCGAAUUAACUUUAAAUUGCCUGAUAUUCAACAUCUGUAAAUGAGGUGAUCUGUUGCUGUAAAUCACAUUCAUUCUGCAUCAUAUUUACUAUAUAGUAUUCAUUCUGAUA